AUGAAGUCAAUUGCUUGCUUUGCUGCCGCGCUGUUGUUGUCUGCGCAAGACUACCCGCUCUCGGAAUGGAACUCGAACCUGUAUGCCGACGUCAAGAAAGACAACUUCAACGAGUGGUGGCUGUACAACGAGGACAUCCUAGAGCUCCGCAGCAACAGCAACCCGCGCGUGUGUCUCGACGCGUACCCCAAGGACGGCAAGUACUGGGUCCACACGUGGGAGUGCGACGGUGCUAACCCCAACCAGCGGUGGCACGUGGACAUGGCCAAUCACCGCAUCCAACACGCCACGCACCCAAACGUGUGUCUGGACGCCGACCCCACGGCCCCCGAGCACCAGGUCCAAGUGUGGGAGUGCCAUUCCCACGACGUUAACAAGAACCAGUACUGGUCCGUGGUCCAGGAGGUCGGCUACUUGCACCGCAAGGGCCUGUUCCUGACCAAUACGCAGCGCAACGACAUAGAGGGGGACAUUUCGUUUGCGCCGCUGCUGCCGGAAGACGCAGAGAAUCCAUUCCCGAACGAGUGGCACCAGGACCACACCAACGAGAAUCAAAAGUGGCAGUACGAUGUGUACACCAACCAGCUGCGCCAUUUCAAGCACAAUGGAUAUUGCCUCGACAUCAACGACGAGACCGGCGCGCGGCCCCACCUCUGGCAGUGCCACCCCCCGACCCACAACUUCUACUCCUUCCAAACGUUUGACCUGUUCCAGACCUCUUCGUCGUUCAAUUAA